UCCUCAGUCCUCUCUCCCGAACGCCGUGACGCGUUUUCCUUCCUUUCCCACCCAGAGGAGCGGAGUUUACUGAGAACACAUAGCUCAGAGACUAUUGAAUGUCGUAGAAGCUUUUAGACUAAAAGACAUCUCAGAAAAUAUCAGAUCUUUCCUAAAUGUGAUAGUACGGAUGUAACAUUGGAAUGACUGGAGAUGCGCAAUAACGUGCCACUCUCAUUGGCACAGUGGAAUAAUAAUCUGGAAAGCGGACUUCAUACCAAUUCCAAAAUAUUGGAAUUAUCGACAAAUUUGUGGAUUACAACAGAAAAACUGGAAUUAUGAUUUACGUCAUUUUACUUUCAUGUUUUAUCUCCACAUCAGACUCUGCCAUGGAUCUCACCAUGAUUUCUAAUUUGGAGCACAAGGGUCACAUGCGCACCUUCACAUGUGUCACUGGUGAGCGCGAUCCCAGACAUCUUUUGGAAAUCAAGAAAGACCUCAGUAUCAUCAAGUAUCCAAAACCACCGACCUUCAAAGUGAAUAAAGUGGCCAGUGCGGCCACCAGUGAGGUGGUGGCAUCUGGCUUUAGCAAUAACAAUAUAGAGCAAAUAGGCAUUUUUUAUUGCCAUUCCACCCAUGACUCCAACCGCCAUACUGUGACUUUUAUCAGCAACAACAAAGGAGUGUUGGUCCCAGCGCAACUCUCCGUGACAGCCAAUAAGGGAGGUUCGGUGGAAUUGGUCAUACAUAUCCAUAACACAGACAGGAAAGAAGAGAUCACGUGGAAACACAAUGGUAACUUCUACUACACAACACAUGUGCAAGAACGUGUAAACAAUACAGCAAGGCUGACCUUAAACCACGUCACCGAGGAGAGUGCCGGCAUCUACAGUGCCAACUUCAUUGGUGACAGUAUGGUAUUUGGUACCAGUAUGAGACUCAUUGUGAGAGUUUGCCCAGGCAAGAAGUGGGGGCCCCACUGUGACCAGGAGUGCCCCGAGUGCCUCAACGGGGGGAUGUGUCACGACAAGAGUGGAGACUGCAUCUGCCCACCAGGGUUCAUGGGAAUGCGCUGUGAGACAGCAUGCCAGGAGGGGAAGUUUGGUCACAACUGUCAGGAAUCAUGUAAUAAGAUGAUGAACUGCAAGGGAUUGGGUUUCUGCCUGUUGGACCCUUACGGAUGCACCUGUGCCAGUGGAUGGCACGGAGCUCUCUGCAAUGAAAAAUGUCCUGAUGGUAUGUAUGGAGCGGACUGUCGGCUGCGCUGUGACUGCAAGAACGGGGGAACCUGCAGCCCCUACAGCGGGUGCCAGUGCCAGACAGGGUGGCAGGGGCAGCACUGCGAGAAGUCAGAGCACGCCCCUCAGAUCAUUGAGAUGGCCAGCAACCUGGAGUGGAACCUGAACUCAAGUCCAACCAUCACAUGCUCUGCCUCGGGCAACCCCCCGCCCAGGCACAUGAGCAUAGUGCUACGCAAGCUGGACAGCACGGAACUUCAGCCUAUCCACACGACCACAAACUCGAACAAGAGCACUGCCCAUUUUGAGAUCCCACGCUUGAACGCAGAGCAUGGGGGCCUGUGGGAGUGCAGGGUGUCGACCAACGGUGGGCAGGACUCACGCAAGUUCAAUCUAACUGUCAAAGAACCACCAUGUCCUACCACACCUCCAAAACUGCUGGAGAAGAAGAGCAAGCAGCUUGUGGUGAUGCCCGUGGACACCUACAGAGGAGACGGACCCAUCAUCUCCACCAAACUCCUCUACAAACCCAUGGACUCGGGGGACUCCUUCUCCUCCAUUAGGGUGUACAGCAGUGAGCCCAUCAGACUGAUGUACCUGCAGCCCUCCACAAGGUAUCUCGUGAGGGUCCAGCUCACCAGGCCUGGAGAGGGAGGAGAGGGGGACAUGGGACCAGAGGCCAUCAUGGAGACUGACUGUCCAGAGCCCACGGCCAGGCCAGAGAUCGAUUUCAGCUCACUGGAGGGCCGUAACGCCACCGUCAGGUGGUCUCUGCCCAGAAGCCACGGCUCAGCCACCGGCUUUUUAGUUGAGUUCUCCGGAGCCACAGGGAGGAAGCUGUGGGAGAAGCACAUCCUGCUCAGUGUGCACUCCAUCAAUCUCCACAGCCUGGAGUACCACCAGGACUACCGCGUGGUCGUCCGCUUGGUCAACUGUGGCAGUCUCGGGCCAGCCUCAAAGCCAUACAUCCUCCGUGUCAACAGCCAGGGACCCUCUUCACCAAGGAACGUUCGUGUUGAGCCCAUUUCCUUCAACGCGGUGCGAGUCCAGUGGCAGCCUCCAGAGGACCCCAACGGGGGCAUCAUUAAGUACACCAUCGAGUACCAACCUGUUGGCCAAGGGAGCCUGCACCUCUGGGUGGACACAGAUGAUGGCAAUAAGACCACCAAGGAAAUCAACGUCCUCAAUGGCAGCACCAACUACCUGUUCAGGGUCAGGGCAUCUUCGAAGGUGCCUGGUGAAUGGAGCAAGUUUGUGGAAGCCAGGACCCAAGGAGAUGGUACGCCCAGCUUCACUCCAACCACCCAGGGAGUGGUGAAGCCGGGAGGAGACAGCUACCAGCUCCUGGUGGCGGUGGUGGGCUCAGUCACCGUCACCUGCGUCACCAUCCUCCUGGCCCUCCUGGUCCUCUUCUGCAUACGCAAAAGUCUGCUCAAGCGUCGGCGCACUUUCACCUACCAGUCUGGAUCGGGGGAGGAGACCAUUCUGCAGUUCAACUCAGGUACCCUGACGCUGACCAGGCGCCCAAAGCCCAACCCAGAGCCUUUGACCUACCCCAUUCUUGACUGGGAUGACAUCAAGUUUGAGGAUGUCAUCGGCGAGGGCAACUUUGGCCAAGUGAUCAAGGCCAUGAUCAAGAACAAGGACGGCAAUAAGAUGAGCGCUGCCAUAAAAAUGCUGAAAGAGUUUGCCUCUGAGAACGAUCACAGAGACUUUGCAGGAGAGCUGGAGGUUCUUUGUAAGCUUGGCCAGCACACCAACAUUAUUAACCUCAUUGGUGCCUGUGAGAAUAGAGGGUACCUCUACAUUGCCAUUGAGUACGCACCUUUCGGGAACCUGCUGGACUUCCUGAGAAAGAGCCGUGUCUUGGAGACAGACCCGGCCUUCGCCAAAGAGCACGGCACUGCCUCCACUCUCACCUCCCAACAGCUGCUUCAGUUUGCCGUUGAUGUGGCAAAUGGCAUGCAUUACCUUAGCGACAAACAGUUUAUCCACAGAGAUUUAGCUGCCAGAAAUGUGCUGGUCGGGGAGAACCUGGUUGCCAAGAUUGCUGAUUUUGGUUUGUCUCGAGGAGAGGAGGUGUAUGUCAAGAAAACUAUGGGGAGAUUGCCUGUGCGAUGGAUGGCCAUAGAGUCUCUGAAUUACAGUGUCUACACCACAAAGAGUGAUGUGUGGUCUUUUGGGGUCCUUCUCUGGGAGAUUGUCAGCUUAGGUGGAACACCAUACUGUGGGAUGACCUGUGCAGAGCUCUAUGAGAAGCUCCCACAGGGAUUCCGAAUGGAGAAACCUAAAAACUGUGACGAUGAAGUAUAUGAGCUAAUGCGACAGUGCUGGAGAGAUCGGCCGUACGAGCGACCACCAUUCUCACAGAUCUCUGUGCAACUUACCAGGAUGCAAGAGGCAAGGAAGGCCUAUGUGAACAUGGCGCUCUUCGAGAACUUCACCUACGCCGGCAUAGACGCCACUGCUGAAGAAGCCUGACUACCAGCCCCCCCAGACCCUGAGAGGGUGCGCUGCUCGGGGAGGGGGCGUCGUGGCCGGACACCGCGCUACUGCCACCCCCCUGCAGCUCAUGCCGAGGUCCAUAACCGGCGCUCCACUCGGACCACCUGGCUCUAGACAGCAAACUGUGAAAGGACACUGACUCUCGGGGGGGUCUCAGGGCCUCUCUGUGGAGCUGUCUGCCUCAGGUGCUGUGGAUGGUUCUUGCCUCAGGAGCGUCAGAACAUGGAUAGGACUUCUCAAGCAACUCCCUGUGUUUGUGUAGUUGCCAGGCAACAGGGUCUGGGGGGGGUACUCUGGUCACGAAACUCUGCUGUCCCCAACUAUGGGCGACUUUUUCCGUUAUCUGAGAUCAACAGCAUGGACAUACGUUGGAUAACACUUGACUCAAAUCGGCAGAGGUGACUAAAGUCUCACAAUGUAGCACUUAAGAUAAAUGGCAUAUACAAAGUAUACUGUAUGAAUGUAUGUACUGUAUGUUCUCUUCCUUCCUUCUGACUUGUGUAUGCACUAUAAAAGGCUUUGAAGCAUAUUAUCUUACUGUACGGAGCCUUGUAUACCAUUUGAAGAAACGCAGACCAAUUCCAUUUCUCAUGAACUGUAUUAUGGAUGGAAUUGGGAUUCUUUUGAGUAGAGAAUUUAGGCUGCCUAUUUUUUAGAGAUAUUUUAGUACCAAAAAGUAAAUGUUCUCAUGAAUUUUCUUAAUUAAAUGAUCUUUGUUGUGACUGGCCUCACUACAAAGAGAAAUCAAUGAA